AAUCCUGACUCACUGCAGGUGGAGUGGUGUUGAGCGCACAUUGCUCCUUAACACUCUGAGGCCGGCACUGUCGAUGAAAAUCACAAGAGGUGUCCUGGAGAACUGGUCAGGAUGGAUGAGGAAUUUGAGAAAGGCCGCAUCAAGGAACUUCAGCAGCAACGGAUGGCUGUGCAAAAAAAGACUUUCACCAACUGGGUAAACCAGAUAUUUCUAAAAAACAAGGUGAAGACUUUUGUGAAUGACUUGUACACUGACCUGAAAGAUGGAAUCAUCCUCAUUACUCUGCUGGAGCUCAUCUCAGGAGAGAAGCUAAAGAGACCCAACAAAGGUAAAAUGAGAGUUCACUACCUGGAGAACAACAGCAGAGCCAUCGCCUUUUUGAAAACUAAGAUAAAUGUGAAUUUGAUUGGGCCUGAAAAUAUUGUGGAUGGCGACCAUACCCUGAUCUUGGGCUUGAUCUGGAUGAUUAUACUACGCUUUCAAAUUGCCUCCAUCACAGUUGAAGAAGAUGAGUGUGACGUCAGCACUGCCAAACGUUCUGCCAAGGAAGCUCUGCUGAUCUGGUGUCAGCGGAAGACUGCAGGGUAUCAGAGUGUGGACAUUCAGAACUUCUCAUCAAGCUGGAAUGACGGAUUGGCCUUCAAUGCAAUCAUUCAUGUGCACAGACCCGACCUGAUAGCUUACGAGUGUCUGAAAGCGAACAACCCGAUACAUAAUCUAAAUAAUGCCUUCAACGUUGCGGAAAAUGCACUGGGCAUUUCCACACUCCUAGACGCUGAGGACGUUGCUGUCCCUCAUCCGGAUGAGAGAUCCAUCAUGACCUACGUAUCUCUGUAUUACCAUCACUUCUCAAAAAUGAGGCAAGGACAAACUGGACAGAAAAGAAUUAUAAAGAUUGUGGAUCUCCUGAAAGAAAUUGAUGAUCUGAAACGUGAAUACGAGUUACUGGUGUCUGAUCUGCUCCACUGGAUUAAAGAAAAGAUCAAGGAGCUGAAUGGCCGGCAGUUCCCCAACUCACUAGACGGCAUGCAGAAAAUGAUGGCAGACUUCAAAACCUUCCGCACUGUGCAGAAACCACCCAAGUACCGGGAGCGGGGAUUCAUUGAAGCUCAGCUCUUCAACAUCCGGACCAAACAGAGGGCCAACAAUAUGCAGCAGUACGUGCCUCCAGAGGGGAAGGCUCUGAGUGACAUUGAGAGGCACUGGAGUGAUCUGGAGAAGUCAGAAGCCUUGAGAGAGAAGGCGCUGCAGAAGGAGAUGCUCCGGUUGGAACGGCUGGAGCAGCUGGUGCAGCGGUUCAGGAAGAAGGCCGGGCUGAGGGAAGCCUACCUCAGCCAUAUGAAAUCAGUUCUUGCCAAACAGAACAUCAACGUGGAGACCACCCAGGAGACAGAGACCGUCACCAAGAGACUGGAGGCCAUCACAACUGAUGUGCUUGCCACUGAGCAGAGGUUUAAGGCUCUGGUUGAAAUGGCUCAAGUCAUUGAGAGGGAGAAUUACCACGGCAAGGCUGAGAUAGUGAAGAAACAGAAGGAUGUUGAAGAUUGCUGGCAAAACCUCCUCCAAGAACUCAAUAAGCGAAAGGCUGCCCUGAAGAAGGUGGUAGCUGCACUCUGCUUAGUCCAAGAUAUAGACACCAUUUAUCAAGAGCUAAUAACUCUUCAGUCAGCGAUGAGUUCGGAAGACUGUGGCAAGCACCUGUUUGAUGUGGUGGACAUGGCGCAGAAGCACAACCUGAUCAUCUCUCAGAUCUCUUAUCAUGGGGAAACCCUGAAGCACAUCAACCAGAGGGCCGAUGAUCUCAGGAGACGCAGCGAGCUAAAGACUGAUAUAGUCAAAAGGAAACUCAAAGCGCUCAAUGACCUUUAUAGCAACCUCCUGGAGCUCAGCAAAACCAGACAAGCCAGACUGCAGCAGCAGCAGAUAUUGUUUGAGUUUUUCCGGGACUGCGAGGAGGAGGAGUCGUGGAUCUACGAGAAGUGGCAGCUGGUGCGAACUGCGACGUUAGGGCGUGACAUCACCCAGAUUGCAGUGUCCAUUCAAAAGCACAAGGCAAUGGAGGCUGAGUGUAACUCCCGGCAGUCUAUCUGUUUCUCAGUGGUGAGAAAGGGCCAGGAGCUUUGCCAGCAGAACUUGAGCAACAAGAGGGAGAUGAAGAAAUGGGUGGCCACUCUUCAGAAUCAAUGGCAGCAACUAAAGGACGAGAUGUCACACUGGCACACACGACUUCAAGCUGCUCUGACAAUAAAGCAGUACUUCACAGACAUCAAUGAGGCCCACUCGUGGCUGUUUGAGAAACAGCCUCUCAUGCAGAGUGAAGAUUACGGGAAGGAUGAGGCCAGUGCUGAGGCACUCCUGCAGCGCCACAUGCACCUGAUGAAAGAGAUUGAAGCCUUUUCCAGCGAAGUGAAGAGAUUGGAGGACUUGUCAACAGCAGCUGUGCAGCAGGUUCCUUUAACAGCGCGCCAGGCAGAGACCCCAGAGAAGAUGGUACCCGAGAGCUGCUCAUCUGAUGAAGGAGAAGGAUUAGAAAUCACAAAGAAAGGUCACUUUCAAGUACCAGAGAUAUUUACCCGCUUCAGUGUCAAAGGCUUGCAGAAGAGGAAAGCUAAAGUCAUCAGACAGCCAAGCAAGCAAGAGGAGAUGGGGGCCACUGAAGGCAGCCCAUCUCUGAGAGUCAGUAAGCCACGGAGAAGCCGCUCAAUGCGCCGCGGGAUGACAGAGGUUCACUAUGCUUCACAACCCGUGCCUGACGAGGACUUCAACAGGACGAAUAUCGAGAGCAGCCAGCAAAGCAUUGAAUCAACAUACACCAAUCUCUGCCAGCUAGCUGAGGCCAGAAGGAAAGCCUUGCAGGAGAAGAUCCAUCUGCACCAGAUCUAUAACACCUGCAAUGACUUCAUCUCCUGGAUGAACGACAGGGAGAAUGGUUUCAAAAAUUUUGAGCCCAAUGCAAACAACAUGGAAGUCAUGCAGAGGAAAUAUGAGAAUUUCUUGAUGGAGUUGGCUGCUGGGAAAGGCCGACUGGAUGAUGUCAAUCAAAUGGUGGAGAAUUUUAUGAAAGGCAAACACAGCAAGAAUCAGGAAAUCCAGGCAAAACUACAGGAAAUUCACAAAAGGUGGUCUGUAAUGUUGAAAUUGAAGGAGGAGAAGGAAAAGGAACUGAUUGGUACAGCUGAUGUCACAUCAUUUCUCCAGAAGUGCCAGGAUACAUCAGCACUGCUGCAAGACAAACUCACCUUGCUGUCCAUUCCUGAUACAAGCAAAAAUCUGGUGGCAAAGGACAGUGCGAGGAGUAUGCAAGUGGUCUCUGACCGGGAAAUCGAGUCACUGGAGGCCAGAAUCCAAUACCUGAGCAAAAUGGUUGACUCAGUCCAGGAUGCCAGUCCCGGAGAGAGUGCUACAAUCAGGGUGCAGGUGCAGGAGGUGGAAAUAUUAUUGAAAAGGGUGAAGAUACAGGCUGCAAGGAGGAAUCAGCUUCUCAGAGAAGCCCGUGAGUUACAGCGUUACAACCAGGAAAGCAAGGAGCUGCUUCUGUGGGCUAACAAUGUGAAAGACAGGCUGUACAACAAGGAGAUGGGAUUUGACGUGGGUUCUGCUGAAAACCUUCUGACAGAGCAUGCUGAGCUGCUGCUGGAGAUCAACGCAAACAAAACCAGGUUCAAGGAGCUGAAUGACCUGGGCAAUCGAGUGCUAAAGAGGAGCUGCACCAGCGACAUUUCUCGAUUAUUGCAGAAAACGAUAGACAUACAGGUGGAGCUGGAUGAGGCCUGGAAAGAACGCAAUGCCAAACUGCAAGGAGGACUAGAGCUGCAGCAGUUUAACCGAGAGGCAGAUCGCAUUGACGCAACUCUGUCUGGUCAUGAAGCCUUACUGAAGAUCAAUGAUCUUGGGGACUCUGUGGAUUCUGUGAACAGCCUACUAAAGAGACAAGUAGACUUUGAGAAUGUGCUGAAGCUGACAGACCUGAGGAUUCAGGGGCUGCAGGACAGAGCAUCCAAACUCAACCAGAGCAACAAUUAUGCCAACAAAACGAUCCAGAAGAGGGUUUUUCUCAUCAUUGACAAAUGGAACGAACUCAAACAGAGCAGAGACUAUCGGAGGAGUAGGCUAACAGAGUCAUUGAAGCUGCAGGAAUUUAACAGAGAUGCAGCUGAACUACUGAUGUGGAUUGAUGAGAAGUAUGAGAUUGCCUCAGAUGAAUCGUACCGAGACCCCACAAAUAUCCUUCAGAAGCUGAAGCGGCAUGAAGCCAUGGAGAAGGAGGUGAUGGCAAACCAGGUCCGAGUGGAGGAGUGGAAGCAGACAGGAAACAGUCUCAUCAACGAGAAGCAUUAUGCCAGGGAUGUUAUCAAAUCCCAACUUGUAGUGCUGGUCAGGAAGUGGGAAGAGCUCCUCAAUAAAAUGGGAGAACGUGGAGAUAAAAUGAGACAAGCUGGGCAGCAGGAGCAGCUCAUGGAGUUGCUGCAGGAUGCCAAAACAAAGCUGGAACAGAUUGAGAAGAUGCUCCGGAACAACGAGACCGGUCACGAUCUGCGGUCCAGCAAACUCCUACUGAAGGAACACAAGUGGUUGGAGGGUGACACACGUGAACUUGCGGAGAAGAUGAACUGCAUUGUAAACCGUGCCAGGAAGAUGGCAACCAGCCACUUUGAUUCGCAAAGGAUACUGGAACAGACACAGAAACAUCUUGACUGGUUUGAAUCUCUCAAGGUACCCCUGGAAGAGAGAAGGAAACUCCUGGAAGCAAUGGUGGCUUUGUAUGAGUUCUAUCAUAACAGUGACUUGAACGUGCAGUGGAUCGCUGAGCACAUGCCGAAUGCUUCCUCAAGCAACUAUGGCCAAUCCCUGCACACGGCACAGAGCCUGCUGUGCAAACAGAAGGAGCUGCAGGUGGAAGUGAACGCCCACAAACAGCAGAUCCAGAAGGUGCUGGACAUUGGCAAGCGUAUGAUCAGCUCCCAGCACCUCGUGGCCCAGGGCAUUGAGAGCAAACGCACGGAGCUCCAGACCAGCUGGGACGGACUGGAGAGAGCCUGCCAUGACAGGACAAAGAAGCUACAACAAUCAGUGCGGUUCCACCAGUUCCUUGCAGAUGUUUCAGAGUUGGAAGCCUGGGUCGCAGAAAAACUUCAGCUUGUUUCAAGUGAAGACUAUGGAAAGAAUGAAGCUAUUACUCAGAAGAUGGUCAAAAACCAUAAAGCUCUGGAGGUGCAGAUCCAGAACACCAGAGGUCUCGCCGAGGAACUGCAGAAAAAUUCGCAGGAUCUUCCACUCAGAGGGUUCAUCACAUUCAACAUGGUGGAUGAGCCACAGGAGCACCUGUGCAGGCAACUGAAAGAGCUGCAAGAGCACUGGGUCAUCAGGAUGCAGAAGCUGGAAGAGACACUGGUUUUAUAUAAAUGCUUACGGGAACUGGAGGAACUUGAGGAAUGGGUCACACAGCAGCUGCAGGCAGCCAGCUCCGAGGAUUAUGGAAAUGAUCACCAGCAUGUCCUGCGCCUGAAGGCAUUGUUUGAAGAUUUCCAGCACCGAGUGGAGGCUGGUGAAGAAAGGAUCCAAGGUUGUGAGACCUUAGUGAGCACACUCGUUGAGAAAGGGCGGCUGGAGUCCGAGGAAAUUGUGCAGAGAAAGAAUACGUUGAGGGGUUUAUGGAACAGUUUGCGGGAGCGGAUUCAGAAUCGGGGACAAAGACUGAGUGAUGCUGUGGAAUUUCACAAGUGUGUCCAAGACCUGGCUGAUGCUCUGACCCUCAUUGAGGAGAAGUCGAAAAGCAUCCCUGAUGAGAUUGCUAAGGACCUGCGGAGUGUUCAAGCACAACUGCGUGUGCAUGAGGCACUGGAGCAUGAGCUGUUGGGAGCUGAGCAGCAGUUGCAGGAACUGCUGGAUGCAGCAGAUGGGGUACUGCACAGGUGCACGACAGAGCAGAGCGUGGUCCUGCAGGCCAAGCAGACGGCAGUGGUAGAGAACUGGGAGAGCCUCAGGAGCAAAGUGGACCAGCGAAGGGAGUCCGUGGAGAAGGCCUGUAAGAUCCAACUGUUCCUGGUACAGGUGCGGGAUUACUUCUCCUGGUCGACCGGUUUGAUGAGGGAGAUGAAAGUGGAAGAGACCACCCGAAACAGCUCCAUGACUGAUUUAAAACUAAACCAGCACCAGCAGCUCCGGGCUGAAAUUGAUGCUCGCGAAGAGACUUACAGACAUCUGCUCAGCUUGGGUUAUGACAUCCUGCAGAUGGAGCCAUCCACCUCCAAAGAAGUCAAAGACAAAGUUGACAGUCUGCAGAAGGAGAGAGCGGAUCUGUCCAGUCAGUGGGAGCUGAAGAAGGGCUGGCUGGAGAGGAUGCACCUGGAGCAGGUUUUCUUCAGAGACGCUGCCCACAUGGAAACAAUCAUGAAUUCACAGGAGGUUUACUUGAAAUCUAGUGAAUUGGGAACGACUGUGGAAACUGUGGAUUCCUUCAUCAAGUGGCACGACGCCUUUGAGAAACUGUUGGCAACUCAGGAGGAAAAGGUUUCAUCACUGCAGAAGCUGGCAGGCAAGCUAAAAGAGGAGAACUUAAAGCGCGAGGACGCCAGUCACAUACAGCAGAAACUCAACGCCAUCCUGGAGAGGAGGAACCACAUUAAGGAGAUGUCGCAGAGCCGCCGGAAAGACCUGAGCACGGCCCGCCUGUUGGCCCGGUUCACUCAGGACCUGACUGAGGAAGACGACUGGAUCACGGAAAGGAUGCAGAAGUUAAAGGACACCUCUACAGACAUCAGCGACCUGCAGGGAAAACUGAAGCUGCUACAGAAACACCAGACCUUUGAGGCAGAAAUCAUGGCCCACCAGGCCAUUAUUACAGGUGUUACGGAGAUGGGUGAGAUGCUAUUAUCUGGACACCAUCCUAAAUCCAGUGAAAUCCGCCGUAGUAUGAGGCACCUGCUGGAACGUUGGGAGCAGCUGAAGGUGGCAGUGGCUAUGCGUGGUAAAAUGUUGGAAGAAAACCGGGAUUUCCUGGAAUUCCUGCAAAAAGUCGAACAGGUUGAAGCGUGGAUCAGAGAUAAGGAGGUGAUGAUCAAUGUGGGUGAUGUUGGCAAAGACUAUGAACACUGCUCACAGUUGCAGAAAAAGCUCCACAAGUUCCAUGGAACAGGGGACGUGACAGUAGACGAUGCUCACAUCCGGACCAUCAACAGCCUGGCCACCCACCUGGAGAGGCAGAAUAAAGAUGAUGUCCCAACGGUUCUCCGACGCAAACAACAGCUAAAUGAAAGGUGGAACAAGUUCCAGGGGAAUUUGAAUAAGUACAAGAAACAACUGGCUGCUGCUUUGGAGGUUCAUGCCUUAAUCAGAGAAAUGGAUGAAAUUAAAGAAAGAAUGGAUGAGAAGAGUUUGAUGAUGCAAGGAUUUGACUAUGGCCGGGAUGUGGAAAGUGUGGAAAAGCUGAUAAGGAGACAUAAAGAAACUGAGUUGGAAAUCAAAGUUAUCCGGGACAAGACGGAGGCACUGGAAGCUGACGCUCGGCAUCUGUGCGAGUGCCAUUUUCCAUUAUCAGAUAAGCUCAGCCUGAAGAAUGCCGAGAUGCAGGACAGCUGGUUUCAGCUGAAGGAGAAAGCCAAGCAGCGAAAGGAGAAACUAGAAGCUUCCUACCAGCUUCAGAAGUUCAACAGAACGCUUCGAGAACUGCUGGACUGGGCACAGUUGCUAAAGUCUCUGAUGGGAGAAGGUAGACUGCCAAAGAGUAAACAGGAAGCCGAGAUCAUGAUAGAGGAGCACCAAGAGAGAAAGACUGAGAUCCAAGCUAGAGGAGAGCGUUUUGAUGCUGUGAGGAACGUUGCUGCUGAGCUGGUAGCUGCAGGACACUACGCAUCACUGGACAUCAAACAGUCCCUUUCCAAGGUGGAAGAGACCUGGACAACUCUAGGUGGGGCCUGGCACGACCGCAGCAACAAGCUGGCAGAGGCGUUUGAUUUACAGGUAUUCUAUGGCUACGUGGAACAGAGUGAGACCUGGCUGAGCAGCAAGGAGGCGUUCCUGGCCAAUGAAGACUAUGGGGAUUCCCUGCCCAGGGUAGAGAACUUGCAGCAAAAGCACGAACAGUUUGAGAAAGCUGUGGAGGCCCAGCUGGAGAAGGUAAACACGAUGGAGAGGUUCGCUCUGCAGCUGAAGCAGGACAAGCACUCGGAUUCUGCUCAGAUCAUCUCCAAAUGCCAGGCGAUCCUACAGAGAAAACAAAAGUUACUGGAAAACUGUGAGCAUCGUAGGAAGCUCCUAAACCAGUCCAGACAGCUGCAGUUUUUUCUAAGAAGCUCCUAUGAGGCUGUGUCAUGGCUGAAUGAAAAGAUCAAUGUUGCCCUGGACAAGAACUGGAUGGACCCUAGCAACCUGCAGGGGAAACUUCAGAAGCACCAAACCUUUGAGGCUGAGGUCAUGGCAAACCAAAACAGGAUCCGGAGCAUUGAUGCAGAAGGGGAGCAAUUGGUUAACGAAGGACAUUACGCAGUCGGUGAGAUUGAGCCCAGGAUUAAACAGAUUCAGGACUUGUGGAAAGAAUUGGUGCAGCACUGCAGUGAGAAGAAGUCGCAGCUGAUGGACGCGCUGAAGGCCCUGAACCUACAGCGAAGUAUUGAGGAUGUGGAGGAGUGGCUCAGUGAGGUGGAGAAACAGCUGGAUCAUCCAGCCCACGGCACUGACCUGGUCUCCGUGAGGAACCUUCUCAACAAGCAGCAAGACCUGGAGGAAGAUAUCAACAACUACGUGGAAAGGAUGCAGGGGCUUCUAGACCAAUCUGAAGAGUUUGUUUGCAAAAAGCACUUCCUAGCUGAGGAAAUUCGUGACAGAGUUGAUAUUGUACUGCAGAGGUAUCGGGCACUGGGUGAUCCGAUCAAGGAGAGGCGCAAGACACUGGAGGCGAGCAUGCUGCUUUAUCAGUUCUUCCGGGACCUCGACGCUGAGCUGGCCUGGGUUCAGGAGAAGCACCAACUGGCUUCAGCCAAGGAUACGGGACAAUCUCUGAACGCUGUGCAGAACUUGCAGAAGAAGCAUCAGGCCCUGCAGAGUGAGAUCAGCUGCCAUGAUUCCCUGAUCAACGACGUACUGGAAACGGGACAAAAUCUUGCAAAGAGUGGGCAUUUUGCCUCGCGAGAGAUUUCAAAGAGGUUGUGGGAGUUGAAGGAUGCUGUGGAGACACUGAAAGAAGAAGCAGAGAAGAGGAGCAAGUUGCUGAACGAGGCGUAUGCAGCACAACUCUUCUUCUCUGAGCUGUCGGAAGCGGAGUUAUGGAUGGAAGAGAAGAGACCGCAGCUGGAGAGCACGGACUACGGGAAGGACGAGAACACUACACAGAUGCUGCUAAAGAAGCUGGAAAACAUAGACGUGGACCUGGUCAGCUACAAGUCCAUAAUGUUCAAGCUGAAGGAAAUGGGGAAUAAUCUGACCAGCAUGAACCACCCUGACAGACACACCAUAAUGAAGCGGCUCCAGGACGUGGAGAGUGCGUAUGAGACACUCCUGCUUUUGGCUGGAAAACUUCGGAAAAGGCUUUUGCACCGGUACCAGCUCUAUCAGUUUGAACAGGAGGUGCAGGAAACCGCCACGUGGCUCUCCAGCAAGCAGCGCUCGGCUGACUCUGACGACUAUGGCCAGGAUCUGGAAGAUGUGGAGAUACUGCAGAAGAAGUUUGAGCACUUGGAGCAAGAGCUGAGUAGCCUGGGCCAGAAUAAAAUAUCUGCUUUCCACGAGCUGGUCAAGUCACUCAAGAGGCAGGCCCACAGCUUUAUGGAGCAGGUGAUGGAUCAGGCCAACCGGAUUAAUCAACAGUGGGACAACCUACAGCAAGCAGUCAGGACUCGGGGAGAGAAUCUGAGAGCAGCACAGCAAGUUCACCAGUUCGACUAUGAUGUGUCUGAUCUGAAGGCCUGGAUCCAGGAGAAGGACAGCACACUGGGCACCGACGACCUUGGUCACGAUUUGAAUUGUGUGCAAAUGUUGCUACGACAACAUGAAGGUGUGGAGGUAAGGAGGGCAGUGUGCAGUGGCGGGCCUGUUUAA